UACUCUCGUCACUACCAACGCCACGCAUGACAUCAGCUUCGAGGAAAUUGUGGUUUUUAGCAGACGACAAAGAGCUGUAGGUUACGCUAUUUUGUUCGAAUGGAUUCUAAAUCGUUAUAGAGCAUAAGAUCUUUAUUAGUUUACUCGGUAAAAUGGUUUUGUGCGUUUCUAGAUUAGGCCUGAUGUCCAGGAGUAUCCACACGACGUUAGUAUCUCAAGAAAUACAAAAGAUGACACGCUUGAGAGUCGUGGAUAACAGUGAAAUAGGAAAACGUGCAAUGCUCGAAGGCAAACCACCCAGAUGUAUUCAUGUAUAUAAUAAGCAAAGCGUUGGAUUCCUCGGUGACCAAGUUUUGGUAGCGAUAAAAGGCGAGAAGAAGAAAGGAAUUCUAGUAGGUCUGAAGCAGAAACAAAAGCCUAAUGUUCCAAAGUUCGAUAGUAAUAACAUUGUACUCAUAAACGACGAUGGAUCGCCCAUUGGUACCAGAAUCCACGUCCCUAUACCCCAUGUUCUUAGAACGAAACUCAGUAAGCAAUGUAAAAAAGGUGUAGACUACACUAAAAUACUUGCCAUUGCUCAAAGAUUUGUCUAGAAAACCUAUCAUAUUAAUGGCUUGUCUUCUAAUAUUUGAUAAUAAAUGGCAUAGCAAGUACAGGAUUUAAGCCAUAACGCAA